AUGAAGAUGGCAUUAAUGUCAAAGAAUAAAUUAAAGUUCAUUGAUGGUUCUUUACAAAUUCCUGCAAUCACAAAUCCACUUUACUCUGCUUGGGAGCGAUGUAAUACCAUGGUAUUAUCUUGGUUAACUCACUCUUUAUCUCAAUAUAUUACCCAAAGAAUUUUAUGGAUUGAUAAGGCUAUAGAUGUUUGGAAAGACCUUAAAGAAAGAUUUGCUCAAGAUAAUAUUUUGAGAAUAUCAGAUUUACAAGAAGAAAUUUUUAGUCUCAAGCAAGGAGAUAGCUCUGUUACAGAGUAUUUUACUGAAUUGAAAAUCUUGUGGGAUGAGUUUAUUAAUUUCAAACCUCUUCCUGUAUGUUCAUGCCCUAACCGAUCUAUUUGUGGAGCUAUAGUCAAGAUCAAGAAAUAUCAAGAUCAUGACUAUGUUAUUAGGUUUCUUAAAGGUUUAAAUGAGCAAUUUGGUACUAUCAAGUCUCAAAUCCUGUUAUUGGAUCCGUUUCCUUCCAUUAACAAAGCCUUUUCUUUGGUGAUACAACAAGAAAGACAUAUUGGUUACUCUAAUGCUAGUACAUUUGGAGCUAAUCCCAUAGAUGUGAAAGCUUUUGUUAAUAAGGUUUCUCAAGAUCCUAGAACCAGGCCUUUUUCUUCUCAGAAAUUUGCUCCAAAAUUUUUUGUUGGAAUUGGUGAUAAUAGGUUUUGUACCUACUGUGGGAAGACAAGACAUAAAAUCAAGACUUGUUACAAGAAGCAUGGGUAUCCUCUAGGCUAUAAGCAGAGAUUUUAUAAUGCAUAUGCUAAUAUGAUAAGUUUUUAUGAGUUACAGCAUGGUGAUCAACAAUUCACAGUCAAUUUUACACCACAACAUUCUACACCUCAAGGAAAUCAUAGUAGCACAAGUGUUGCUCUUACUCAAGAAUAG